CUGGCGCCAUGCUUUCGAGAACUUCUCCUUUUCAUCCCCGUCUAUAAAGCAGCUGGCACGCUGGGACGACACCUUCAGCUUCACUUGCGAUUGCGUGCUUGACUACUGCUGGUCAGACUUCGUUUUCACUGGGCCUGCCGGCUCGAGGCUUCUUGUUCCAAACUCCUUUUGUGACAGUCACCCAAUAUCUCUUUGCACAUUUCAAAAUCCAGCCAUGGCAGUCAUGCCCAGUUUCAGCUUGACGGCGCUGGCUAUCGCGCUUUCGUGCAAUGCCUUUAUUGUCGCAAAGCUGGCCUACAAUAUAUGGCUGCAUCCCCUGAGUCGCUUCCCGGGGCCGCUAUACAUGCGCGCCACGAGGCUGGGAUACAUAUUCCACUCUCUGCGCGGGACGCUCCCGUUUGACAUGCUAGCUAUACACAAGCAGUACGGCGACGUCGUGCGGAUCGCGCCUAACGAGCUUGCCUUCGCCACCGUCUCGGCGUGGCAGGACAUCCAAGGCCAUCGGACCAAAGGGCAGGCCGAGUUCCAAAAGUCCGAGGCCUUUUAUCGCCCAAUCAAGGACCGGCCGAUCGAUAUCAUCAACGCCGACCGGGAGGAGCAUGGCAUGCUGCGGCGCACGCUGGCCAACGGCUUCAGCGACAAGGGCCUGCGAGAGCAGCAGCCCCUGAUCACAAAGUACAUCGACCUGCUGGUCCAGCGGCUCCACGAGAACUGCCAAGGUGGUGAGGCCCUGGUGGAUAUCUGUCAGUGGUACAACUGGACGACCUUUGAUGUCAUUGGCGACUUGGCCUUCGGCGAGCCGUUUGGCUGUCUCGAGACUUCCUCGGACCACCCCUGGGUGUCGCUCUUUUUCAAGAUGGCUCGCGCCGGCACUGCCCUCCAGGCUCUGAGUAUAUUCCCUGCCUUGCGAGACGCCUUGUUGACGCUAGUCCCUUCCUCGAUUCGUGAUGAAGCAACAAAGCACGAGAUCAUGGUCCACGCGAAGCUCCAGCGCCGGAUGGAAGGAGGCAAGGAGCGUCCGGACCUCAUCAACGGGCUGAUCGCUCGCAAGGAGGAAUGGGGCAUCUCAAAUAACAAGAUCGCCGCCAACGCCGGCAUUUUGAUCAUCGCUGGGAGCGAGACGACAGCGACGCUGCUAUCCGGCGUGACCUACUACCUCAUGCAGGAUCCCGAGGUGCUGCGCAAAGUGACGGACGAGGUCCGGUCGAGCUACCAGUCCGAGGACGAGAUCAACUUCACCAGUGUCAAUGAGCUCACCUACAUGCUCGCCUGCCUCAACGAGGCGCUGCGCUGCUAUCCUCCCGUCGCCACUGGCCUCCCCAGAGUUGUGCCCGCCGGUGGCGCUACUAUCAGCGAGCAUUUCGUGCCUGAAGGGACUGUCGUCUCGGCUCACCACUGGGCCAUGUAUCACAACGAGAAGUACUUCAAGAAGCCCUUCGAGUACCGCCCCGAGCGCUUCCUCGGCGACGAGGAAUUCGCAGACGACGUGCGGGAGGUGUUGCAGCCGUUCCAUGUCGGGCCCCGUAAUUGCAUUGGCAGGAACCUGGCCUAUGUUGAGAUGCGGACUAUCCUGGCCCGCAUUCUGUACAACUUUGACCUCGAGAAGUCCGACAAGACCGAGGGCUGGCUGGAGCAGAAGAACUUCAAUCUGUGGGAGAGAUCGCCGCUAUGGGCACGCCUGACCCCACGCAAGUGAAGUUGGUGGGAAGGGAACGAGUUGGGGGGGUUUGCUAAAGCCCCAUUGUGACGAGAACAAGCAUAGCUACAGCCAAGGCUGCCUCAUUAUAAUUGUACACGAAACGGUUCUGUCACAUUACUCUGUUUGUUU